UUGAUCGGUUAGAGGGGUGUGUUCGUCAAACAGCUGACGGGCAGAAGAAGCUUCACGCGCAGAUAAACAGCAACGACUUUUAGAUAAGUUGAGCACGCACACAGACCGCAGGCUGUUUGACCUCAUUUGACAGUUAGUUAAUGACUUUGCGCUGACAGCACUUUUUAGAAGUUCUCAUUUUUAGCGCCAGAUGAAUGAAGGUUAGGUAACGGGUGAAGAGCCACCAAUACGCACAGUCGUGCGUGGAUUCAUUGCGUGGAUUCAUUGGACUUGUAUAGAAAUAGAAAAACGGAGAAAAAAAAAAUUACUUCUGGACUAUUUUUGAGUGCAUAUUUUGAAUAAGUGGAGACGGGAUGUAAAUGUUUUUUCUCUAUCAAUUGACUUGUAUAUUGUCUUAUUUGUCACACAGACAACUUCAGUAACGGGAAAAGAGAGCUGCGAAAAGUGGACCCAUAUGGAAUAAAAACAACUGAAUAAGAGACACUGGCUAUUGGAAUAUUUUUUUUCUGCGUGUCAUUUUUCAUAAAACAUUUCUAUGUGGACAAUAAUGUGGUGUAACUAGACUUGAUUGUUUUCUACCAACCCAUAGCCCAACCAUGCAGCAACAACGCUUGCUCAAGGUCCUGGUCAUCGGUGACUUGGGCGUCGGCAAGACGUCCAUAAUCAAGCGUUAUGUUCAUCAGAUAUUCUCUCAACAUUACCGGGCCACCAUAGGAGUAGACUUCGCUCUCAAAGUCCUCAAUUGGGAUCACAAGACGGUGGUGCGUCUGCAGUUGUGGGACAUAGCCGGCCAGGAGCGCUAUGGCAACAUGACGCGAGUGUACUACCGUGAGGCUGUGGGUGCGUUGGUGGUGUUUGACAUGACCCGAGCCUCUACCUUCCAGGCUGUCCUCAAGUGGAAGAGAGAUCUCGACUCCAAGGUUGCUCUGGGUAACGGGAGGCCAAUUCCGGCCGUCCUAUUGGGUAAUAAGUGUGACCAAAUGAGCACUGGUCUCUGCUCCAAACUGCCCAAACUGGAGAACUUCACCAGAGACCACGGCUUCGUGGGGUGGUACGAGACCUCAGCCAAGGACAACACCAACAUCGAUGCGGCCAUCAUGUGUUUGGUAGAGAGCAUCAUGGCGGUAGAGGAGGAGAGGUCAUCAGGUGUAGAUACUAGAGACCCCAGUGUCCUGCUCCUACCACGCUUUGACUACAAUAUGAAAGAGAGGACAGGGGGGCCAGGGUGUGAUGGGUGUAAUAAAAAGAUUACUCUGCCGGGACGGAGAGAGAUGGGGGAUAUCUGAGGGGGACGGUGGA